AUGGCUAUCAACGCAGCAGUUUCUCCUCUCAGCCUCGAGAAUGGUUUGAUCCAAUGCCUCCGCGCAGCAAACGCCGGAAGCAGCAGCAUCAACAGCCAUCUGCUGUGGACUUUGUAUUCGAUGUACCGGAGCACUUGCCAAGCAGUCCUCUUUGCCCUGCCAAUAUUCGACAUAAAAGCGGCGGGACAGGACUGUGUGUCUACCACGGGCGAAGGAGAGCCAGGUCUACUCUGA